AAAUUCUUUUCGCUGUUUGUUCCUGGCGUUAACCCUUCGGGAUUUGCGUUUCCCAAAUUGCACUAACCACCAGCUGCAAAAACUCCAAAAUUGUUGUUUAACCCUAAAAUUACAAAGAUCCCCAAUUUCAACAAAGAUCAUUUCCUUUUAAAAUCUGUUGAUAUUUUCUAAGAAAAUCUCACUUAUUUCCCUUCAGAUUGAAGAUCGAUCGAAAUACCUUCUCCACCAAACUGGCAUUCAUCCCAUAAAAUCGAGGAGAACCCAAUCCUAAUCGAUCGGAAUCGAAUCUUUAGAUACAAAUUUGGUUGUGUAUAAAUAUUACACAUAUAGAGAUCAUUUCAGUCUACAAUCCGAGACAAAUUUUGAAAUUUUGUUAGGCAGCGGUGGUAAUGGUGAUGGCGAUAGGCGGCAGCGGUGGUGUUGCCGGCGGAGAAGCCCGGAGGGCACAUGCAGCGAUGACAAUGGUGCAACUUUUCGCCGGAGGAUCGCAUGUGAUCACAAAAGUAGCCCUGAAUUUUGGAGUUAGCCGGCUUGUUUUCUGCGUUUAUCGUGACGUCCUUGCUCUCCUAAUCCUCGCCCCCAUCGCCUACUUUCGCGAAAAGAGAACCAGACCUCCUAUAACCAGGCGUUUCCUCCUCUCAUUUUUCUUUCUUGGGUUAACAGGGAUAUUUGGAAACCAGCUUUUGUUUCUCUAUGGACUUGGCUACACAACUCCAACAUAUGCUGCAGCUGUACAACCUUCAAUUCCUGUGUUCACAUUUAUAUUCGCCACAAUUAUGGGUACAGAAACAGUGAAUAUACUAAGAACUGAAGGUCAGGCAAAAGUCGGAGGCACAUUUGUAUGCGUAUGUGGAGCCAUUUUCAUGGUUAUGUUCAGAGGACCUGUCAUAUUUGGGUACUCAGAAAAUGACCUGUCACAUAAUGAAAUCAGUGCAAAGGGUCAACCAGAGCCAGCUGGAUGGUUAUUGUCUAUUUUUAUUGGUCUUGGGUUUGACAACUGGCAUCUUGGUGUCCUAUGCUUAAUUGGGAACUGCAUGUGCAUGGCAGCCUUUCUAGCCAUUCAGGCUCCAGUAUUGGCUAGGUAUCCUGCAAGCUUAUCUGUUACAGCAUAUUCGUAUCUUUUUGGUGUUAUGUUUCUUGUAUCAACAGCAUUCUUCAUGAACAAUGAGUCCACAGAUUGGAGUUUGACUGAAUCUGAAUUUUGGGCAGUGCUUUAUGCUGGAACCAUUUCAUCUGCAUUAAAUUAUGGACUUUUGACCUGGUCAAACAAAAUCCUGGGACCCGCUUUAGUUGCUCUUUACAAUCCACUCCAACCUGCUGCAUCCGCCUUUUUAUCAAGACUUUUUCUCGGAAGCCCAAUUUACAUGGGCAGCAUUGUAGGGGGAUUAUUGAUUAUAUCAGGGCUUUAUUUGGUGACAUGGGCAACUUAUCGUGAAAAACAACAGGCAGCUUCUGGAGGUCGCCAUGUUAAUAAGCCAUCUGAGUCACCAUUGAUAAAUCACAUUUUUGCGGGCCCACCACCUCCUUUGUUACCAAAGAUUGUGGAUUAAAUCUUGAGGUGCAAAAUCAUGGUUUUUUUUUUUAUUAGUAGGAAAGAAGAAAGAAAAGAAAUACUUGAGUAGAAUUUUUUAUCUUAGGAUUUUAUACAGAUUGAUGAACGGGAUGCAUAUGCGCCAACGCUAACUAUAUAUUAUUUCUUUGAUUCUAAGGAUUUGGUACUUUGGUUA